AUGGCUAUCCUCGCCGGGUCACCACUCCGCUUCCUCCAGGGGCUGGCUGCGGCGUCUCCACGAGGUCAGCGCCAGCCCCCCUCUUCCCCUCUGGGCCCCUGCCGGGCAGCGCUAGCCCGCCCUGCUCCCAGCGCGGGAGGCCCCCGGCGGCCGGGCCAGCUAGAGCGCUCCGUAGAUCUGGCAGCCCCCCGGGAAGCGCGGCGCGCACUGAAGCCGCCCGAGCCGCAGCCGCAGCGGCAGCAUGUGCUCUCCCCGGAGCCUGCCAAAUCCUCGACUCUCUCCACUGUUUUCAGAGACAGUCAAGUCCGAGUGAUGGAGAACACAGUGAACAACGCUGAGAAAUACUUUGGCCAGUUCUGUGUGCUGUUGGCUGCCUACACCCGGAAAACAGCCAGACUGCGAGAUAAGUCAGAUCUGCUCGUCAAGCAGCUACUGGAUUUUGCCAACACUGAGAAUCCUGAAAUGCGAACCACCCUGAAGAACUUUGCAGAGGAGUUGGCCAAGGUGCAGGAUUAUCGGCAAGCAGAGGUGGAAAGACUUGAAAUGAAGGUCCUUGAUCCAUUGAGACUCUAUGGGACGCAGAUAAAGCAAACUCGUGCUGAGAUCAAGAAAUUCAAUAAGGUCCGAAAUAAUGAGAUCAAACAACUGGAAAAAUUGGACAGACUGAGGCAGAAGUCACCUUCUGACCGACAUACAAUUUCCCAGGCUGAGACGAAUGUCCAGAAAGCUUCCGUGGAUGCGAGCCGUACCACCCACCAACUGGAAGAGACCAUCGAUACCUUUCAGAAGCAGAAACUGAAAGACAUCCAGAAAAUUUUCUCCGACUUUGUAACCAUUGAGAUGGUUUUUCAUGCCAAGGCUGUAGAGGUAUAUUCCAAGGCCUUCCAGAUCCUAGAAAACUAUGACAUGGAAAGAGAUCUAGAGGAUUUUAGAGCCAAGAUACAUGGCAUUAGUGGGAAUUUUGAUGCAAGACCCAUCAGUGCUACCAAUCCCUCCUCAUCUGUACCAUGGUCUUUUGCCAGUCCGAGUGCCCAGAGCACCCUUCAGAGCCAGAAGCAAGAGGAAGAGGCAGCAAGUGGGGAAGUCUCUGAGGAAGAGGACCACGUAGAAGAUCUCAGAGAAACAAGGACUUCUCAGAUCAGAAGAUAA